CAAUACAGUCGUUAGACAACCUCAGCGAGCAGAUCUCCCAACAAAUCGCUUCCAUCCAAGCUCUCCACUCGGCAGAAGAUGGAUUCAAGGUGCCCGUUGAGUGUGUCCAGUCCUCCCUCAUCCUCAUCAGACGACUGCUGCUGGACGCACAGUCCCAGUUCCGUCACAUGGUAGAUGAGAACAAACAGCUGGGCGUUCAUAUUGAUACUUCUAUACAGGCUGUAAAUAGAGAAGUGAAUAUGUUGAGGACAGAGCUGGCGUCUGCUAAGAACAGACUGAAACAGAUGAAUGUUAGAGAACCAGUGGGCAAAGCUGACAAAGGAGUCCAAGUGGAUGAGCAAUCUGGUGCCUCUCAACAAAAACCUGGCAAAUCCAACAACAAGGAGGUAGAGGAGCUAAAGCUGACAAUCCAGACACUGACCAGAGGAAAUGAACAACUGGUAGAGGACUACAGACAUCUCUUGGAGGAGCAUGACAAGCUCAAGCUGGCAUAUGACGAUCUGCGGAAAACCAAUGAGAGUUUCAAAAGUGACAUCACAAAACUUGAAGGGCAGAUGCAGAAGUUUGGAAAAGAAUCUGAGGAACUCCCACACGCGGAAGGAACCAGUCUCAAAUCUAGGUCCACCUAUGGAGAAAUCAAACUGGAGCUGAUACAAGCAAGGCAAGAGCUAAUCAGAGCUAAAGAAGUUUUACAAGAUAUGAAAAGUGACAGAAAACGACUCAAGGGAGAGAAGCUUGACCUUCUGAGCCAGAUGAAACAAUUGUACACAACUCUGGAGGAAAAGGAGACCGAGUUACGGGAAUUUAUCCGUAAUUAUGAGCAGAGAGUUAAAGAGAGUGAUGAAAUGGUAAAACAGUUUGCAAAAGAAAAGGAAAUGGUCGAGAGAGAGAAAUGGGAGAUAAUCAACAGGGCUAAAGAUGCUGCAGAGCGAGCUAUGUUUCUGAAGGCUCAGCUUGAAAGCAAAGAACAAAGCAUCAAGGAGCUGGAAGCUGAGCUCAAGGAGGCAAAAGAGCAACUAGACAGUCACAACAGUACAACACUGAGCUCCUCUACUGCACCAGCCAGUGAUGGAAACAUCAACAAUGAUGCAGAAGAUGAGGACGACGAUGAAGUUUUUCCUUCAGACAAUGGCUUCUCAACCAUGGAGGAGUCCUCUGUUCUCAACUGCAUUUUCAUCCAGGAUCAAGAGAAUGAACUAGGACAAGUCCUCAGCACAAGUCCAAUCAGCACCACUGAAUCAAUUGAUGCCAGUGGUCCCAUGUUCAAGUGGUUUACCCAAAGCUCAGACUUUGAAUUGCCUCUGGAGCCCAAACUUAGCAAGCAAAAGAAGAAGAAAAAUUUUGGAUCUCUGUCACGAGUGUUCAGCCGCAGUCGUAUGCGCCGCUCCCUUGCCCUGCCUCAUGCAGAGAGUGUCGCUUCAGAAGAAUCAAACACAAAGCUAUGUGUCCUUAGCCAGGACAACUAUCAGGAGAAGCUGAACAUCAUAGAGAAGAUGGUUGGCGUCAACAUGAAAGACUGGCGAGCACCACAAGUUCUUGCCUGGCUGGAGAUCACUUUAGCCAUGCCCAUGUAUGCCCAAAACUGCCUGACUAACGUCAAAAGUGGAAGGGUACUUCUGGGCCUCAGUGACAGUGAGCUGAGUGCAGCUCUGGGUGUGGUGAACCCCAUGCACAGACGGAAGCUGAGACUGGCCAUAGAGCAACAUCGUAAUCCUAAUGACAUAAAGUAUCUGAAGGCAAGUGAAAUGGACCCAACCUGGAUUGCCCAUCGAUUCCUGCCGGACCUUGGUCUCCCGCAGUACACAGACAUAUUUGAGGAGCAGCUGUGCGAUGGCCAUGUGCUGAACACUCUAACUCGCCGGGACCUGGAGAAGCAUUUCUCUGUGCAUCGCAAGUUUCACCAGUCCUCCAUUUUGCAUGCAGUAGAGUUGCUGCGCCGGAUUGAUUUCAAUAAAGAGAAACUUUACCAUCGUCGAAAUUUGAGCGAAGAUAAAGAUAUUGAUCUAAUUGUGUGGACAAAUGAAAGGUUGAUGAAGUGGAUUCGCAGCAUUGAUCUUGGGGAAUACUGUGAGAAUUUACUGGAAAGUGGAGUUCAUGGAUCAGUUAUUGUUCUGGAACCAUCGUUCAAUGCUGACACUCUGGCAUCUAUCCUUGGAAUUCCACCAUCAAAGUCAUACCUGAGGCGACACCUUGCCUCAGAGCUGGAAAACAUUUUAAAGCCAGCCAGGGCAGCUCUAGAUGCUGCUGACUGCAGGGAGAAAGUAAGCAAUAACAGCACAUCCAGCACCAAUAAAACAAGUACAGGAUCGCAGGACAAGGACCUGUCAGGAUUUGAGGACACAGGUCGCAGGAAAUCAGUAGAGGAAGGAAGGGCUCUCUUGGCAGAACUGCUGGGAAGAAAAUACGAGACGACCUCCAGCUGA